AUGAACGAUACAAAAUUUCUCUCUGCUUCCACGAAACGUGGAAGUACAAUAAAUAUUGAUAAAAUUAAUGGUCGAAUUCCUUCAAAUAUACCAAUAUAUCUCUUUACUUAUCUCGUAUUAUCAAAGAUAAUAUUUGCUCUUUCAACUCAUAUAGUACGUGAAUGGUUUCUAUUAUGUGGUGUACCCGUUUCUGUUGUCACAUUUGGUGUCCUAGGUGGUGCUGGCUUAAUGUUAUUAGCGUGGCAAAACUUUAUGGGUGGUCAUAAAGCUCUCAGUAGUACGAAGUGGCCAAAGGGCACAGACCCUUCUAAAUUCAAAGACUUUGAUAAUUAUGAAAACGAUGAUUUUGGCGGCAUAAUAAUUGGCUAUAUUUUUAUUUUAUGCUCUAUUUGGCUGUCUGGAUAUAAGCGAACAAUGAGAAAAAAGUUGGCCGCUGAUGUAGGUGGAAAUCGUCGUCUAAUAGCUAUCGCUGUACCACUUGGUGCUGUUAUGAUAUCACCAUUGGCUUUUGUGCAACAUAUUAUGUAUUCAACAAAUUAUAUAGUGAACAUUAAAACUACCAUCACGAUGUUUGGAUUUUUAGGAAUUGGUUUAAUAAUACUUGAUUAUUUUAUUGGUCAUUCUUUCAGUAUUCAUGCUUCACCAAUCUCUCAUGUUACAACUGGUUGGCCUUUAUCUAUUGGGAGUGCAAUUUUAUUAGGAUUUCUUUGGUUUUAUGGAGAAUUUUCAAUAAUAGAUUUUAUUUUAUGUGGAAUUAUGUUUUCUGGCAUUUAUAACCUAAUAGCUUCCGAUGUACGUUACGCUAAUGAGACUCAAUUUCCAUCUCCUGGGAUUGGUAAUAAAGCAUUCGAACUUCCACUUCAUAGUAGUGUAUAUUCUGCAAAUAUUUCGUUUCAAGGAUUUAGUUUUCUAGAAUCACUGGGUGUUUAUUUCAAGACAAUAAUGGAUAAUGAUGAUUCUAGACAAAUAUUUUAUUUUCUUUUAUUAAAUUUAAGCUAUAUGCUUGUUCAAAUUGUUUAUGGAAUAUGGACUAAUAGUUUAGGUUUGAUUUCAGAUGCUAUACAUAUGUUCUUUGAUUGUUUGGCUUUAGCAAUUGGAUUGUUUGCUUCUAUGAUGAGUAAAUGGCCUGAGAACAACAAAUUCACUUAUGGUUAUAGGCGCAUUGAGACACUUUCUGGAUUUGCAAAUGGAAUUUUUUUAAUCCUUAUUUCUAUAUUCAUAACGUUUGAAGCAAUUGGACGUUUGAUUGAUCCACCAGAAAUGAGUACUGAUAGAUUAUUAUUAGUGAGCUUCAUGGGACUUAUUGUUAACCUAGUUGGCGUUUAUUUACAUAUAUUGGCCGAUACUUUUGGAUCAAUAGGAGUAUUAAUCUCCACACUUCUUAUCCAACAAUUUGGUUGGACUGGAUUUGAUCCAUUAGCGUCCAUAUUGAUUGCCGGAUUAAUAUUUAUAAGUGUCAUACCUUUAAUCAAACAUUCAUCUUCUGUAUUAAUGCUUACUAUUAACGAUGAGCUUGAGUAUCAAAUAACUGAAGGACUGCAUGAGUUAUCACAUAUUCAUGGAAUUAUUUCUUAUACAAUGCCACGCUUUUGGCCGAAUGAUGGAGAAUAUUUAAUCGGUAGCAUACAUGUUCAAGUGACAAACGAAGUAAACGAACAGCUUAUAAUAAAAGAAGUUACAAGAGUUUUAAACUCUAAAAUAAAAGGUUUAGAGGAACUAACCAUACAAGUUGAAAAGAUCGAAG